UUCCUGAAAGAAGAAAUUAUAAAACCUCCCCCAAAAAAUUAAAAUCCCAUAUCCAACUUUUGAUCGGUACUUGCUAAGCAACAACGACAAUGGCGUCGUCAUCUACAAGCCGUAUCUCUCUCCUUCUCUUAGUCUCUUUCCUUCUUCUCGUUAACUCGCGUGCGUCCAGUGUCUCGGAUCUCGACGAAGAAUUGGCUUUCCUCGCCGCCGAGGAGUCAAAGGAACAACAAAGCCACAUCGGCCACGAGGAACACGAUCAGUACCGUGACUUCGAGAAUUACGAUGAUCUCGAGGAGCAAGGAGGAGGAGGAGGAGGCGGCGAGUAUCAUCACGGAGGCUACGAGGGGGAAGAGGAGCCGUUGCCAACUGUCGACGAGAAGGACGUCGCUGUUUUGACCAAGGACAAUUUCACGGAGUUCGUCCGCAACAAUAGCUUCGCCAUGGUGGAGUUUUACGCUCCGUGGUGUGGCGCUUGUCAGGCUUUGGCCCCCGAGUACGCCGCCGCGGCGACGGAGUUGAAAGGCGUUGCGGCGCUCGCUAAGAUCGACGCCACCGAGGAAGGGGAUUUGGCUCAGAAGUACGAGAUUCAGGGCUUCCCCACCGUUUUCUUGUUCGUCGACGGAGUUAUGCGCAAGACCUACGAAGGCGAAAGGACUAAGGAUGGAAUUGUGACUUGGCUGAAGAAGAAGAUUGCUUAUGCUCAUAUCUCACUCUACGGCAACAACUUUAGCAAACCAAUUCAAGCUCCAGAGCAUCACCACCAUUGCUCAAACCCUUGCCUUUGCCCUACCUUAUGUAGACCUUCUCAUACCGGUGAGAACCACAGCUUUGGCCCCUCUUUCAACGUCACCUCGUCAUUGGAUAUAGACUAUUGCUUCCUCCAUUGA